UGUGAGCCGUACUUCAAAUAUGGCGGAAUCCGAAACGGCGUUUAGAAAUGUCGAGGUUUUGUAAGAUAUAAACGUGCAGACUGAAGGUUAUUUAGAAGGCGGAUAGCAUGGGUUUGAUUCGGCAUGUCGUGUGCGCCAUGUCCGGGGGGGUUGACAGCUCCGUGGCGGCUCUGCUGCUGAAGAGAAGAGGCUAUAACGUGACGGGGGUGUUCAUGAGGAACUGGGACUCUCUGGAUGAGGGGGGCCUCUGCAGCUCACAGAGGGACUGUGAGGACGCCCUCAGGGUCUGCCACAUCCUGGACAUCCCCUUUCACCAGGUCUGCUACGUAAAGGAGUUCUGGCAUGAGGUCUUCAGUUAUCUGUUGAAGGAGUACGAGAGAGGCAGAACUCCAAACCCUGAUAUCCUGUGCAACAAACGCAUCAAAUUCAACUAUUUUCACAAGUACGCCAUCCACACGCUGGGUGCAGACGCCAUGGCGACAGGUCAUUACGCCAGGACGUCACAGGAGGACGACGAAGUCUUCCAGCAGUCUCAUGUGGCCCCUCCCACCUCGCUUUUCAGAGAUCGGUUCCAGAUCCCAAACCCCGUGAGGCUGCACACGGCAGCCGACCAAUCCAAAGACCAGACCUUCUUCCUGAGUCAGAUCUCCCAGGAUGCUUUGAGGCAAACCCUCUUCCCUCUGGCCGGACUCACCAAGGAGUUUGUGAAAAAGAUGGCCGCCGAGGCCGGCCUCCACCACGUCCUGAAGAAGAAGGAGAGCAUGGGCAUCUGCUUCAUCGGGGAGAGAAACUUCCAGAACUUCAUCCUGGAGUACCUGGAGCCCAAACCCGGGAAUCUGGUGUCUGUAGAGGACGGCGCCGUCAUGGGGUCACACCAAGGCUGGUUCACCCUGACUCUGGGGCAGAGGGCGAGGAUCGGGGGCCUGAAGGAGCCCUGGUUUGUGGUGGAUAAAGACGUGGAGACGGGAGACGUGUUUGUGGCUCCAACCACCAACCACCCGGCUCUGUUCCGUGACACGCUCAGAACCAACCGCUUUCACUGGGUCACGCGUGACCCGCCUCCAGAUUUGGCCCGCAGUCAGAUGCUGGAGUGUCAUUUCCGCUUCAUCCACCAGAUGGCGCUCGUCCCGUGCUCAGUGACUCUGAACUUGGACGGCUCCGUGUGGAUCUCUCUCUCCCGGCCGGUCCGAGCUCUCACACCUGGACAGUUUGCAGUGCUGUACAAAGGCGACGAGUGUCUGGGCAGCGGGAAGAUCGUGCAGCUGGGGCCCAGCGAGCACACGCUUCAGAAGGGCAGGGAGCGGCUGGCCGCGGCUGUGCAGGAGCGUCCUGCACCUGAAGCGGCGCGCUGAGGCCGUCCGGCCGUGUGGAGAGACCUCCAUGCAGCAGCGAGAACGGCUCUGCGCUCAGAGGGACCGCCUGUGGUCAAACCAAAGGCCGGAAAUGAUCGUCCAGAUGGAAAAAACAGCUGCUGGUGGAAAAGUUUUUAUUAACGGUUAGGAAAGUAAAAGGCCAGGCUUCUUUUGGGAGUGUCUGUGCUCUAAUUAACACCUUUAAAUCAAAGGAAGUGUAAUAUUUUAUAGAAAUAUAUUAUUUAUUUUUCGUUUUUUCUUAAACUCUUUAAAGCUGCUCAACUUUCCCGAACUUUCACAGAACUGAUGCUCACCUUUUUGUGAGCCUGGAGCAGAAGUUUCCAUCAACAGCAGUUUUGUGUCUAAUGAUGGUUUUUCUGCAUCGAGGCUCAAAAACACCAAAAGGUUUUAUUUUUAGUUUUUGAAAAGCAACAAAAUGUUCAUAAUUUCUGCUACAACAAUAAAAUAAAUGUUUUUUUUAUUUGA